AUGGGAAACUGUGUCAACUCCAUUCUCGCGACUAAGAUCGUGUUCGUCUUAGGCGAUAUUGUGAUGCCCAAUUUCGGUCUCAGCAAGCACUACCGACACAGCAACCUCCCAAUCCUGAUUAUCCGGUCGACCAUCAUCGGGCUAGCGAUCCGUCACCCAUUCCCUCACUACGGCCCUCACGGCUCGAACCCGGCAUCCACAUUUGUUCGAAUCUUCCUGUCCAGUGGCUCAGAGCCGAUGGUUUUCCAUGUACUUCAGGGUCAAACAAGCGGGACGGACAAUCUCGACGAAGCCCCCGUCGAUUGA